AAGAUAGCUUUCAGUUAUUUUACUUUAUAGAGAAAUAAUGCAAGGUUGUGGAUGAGAUGGUCACCUUUUAUUCACAAAAGUCAUCUUACAGCGUAAAUAAAGUUAAACUUUGGUUAACUGGUAGUCGUAGAUGUCGUGUUUACUACAGCUGGGCAAUAUAAGUAGUACGCAUUGUGUCGAUAUGUCAACAUCGACGUUCUCGUCCAAAAUCAUGCUAAAAAGUACUGGUAAAACUACAUUUGUAAUUAUAAAGUGAAUGAUCGAGCAGUGAUCGUCAAAGCCUACAUGUUCUUUCAAACCUACUUACGAAACGAAAAUGAAUAACGUGGAAAUUGAAGACGUCUAUCACCAUGACUUCACAACAGCCUCUGAAUGGGAAGUAUUUAUCGCAAGAUUGGAGGAAGUUAUGCACGAAUGGAAACUUUCUCAUACAAAACCAAGUCCUCCGUUGAAAGAAGGAGAUUUUCUCAAUUUGCCAUGGGAGGAAAAUACCGAAAAGUUGAACUUUGCAGAUGUUGAAUUUUCUCUGAAACACUAUAGACUGAAAACUGAAGAUAAGAAUUCCCAAACAAGUACCAGCUCUUUUACGGAAGAACAAGAAGAAACAUGGACACAGAGUCAAAAGGAUAUAAUGAGUUCUGCUAAUGAUUUUAUACAGAUAGAUCAAAGUAAUCUAGAAAUUGCUUGUUACUAUGGAUUAAGAGAGUUUAUAUUACUAGUGCCUGCAAAACGAAGUUCAAUAACAGAUGAAACAAGAAUAAAAAUCUUGUUGAGUUCUUUGACAAUAGCAGUCAGCAAUGCGCAUUGUGAAAUACCAGCAUUUGUUCAAGUUCAAGAGCAAUGGCAGAAGUUUUAUCUUGGCAUCAAUGUUGGAAAAGGAUCGAGGAUGCACUUGAAUAUGGUGCAUUUGAAAAAAAUCCCACCUCACUGUAAACAUCUUGCAGGAUUAUUAACCAUCUUUAAGCAAAAAAUUGGUGAAGGAUGUGGUAUAAGAUUAGAUCCAGUGAUGGUAUCCGUUAGAUGGUCGUAUACUUUGAAGGACUGGACAAGCAGUACAUGGACACAAGAACCUCCAGACUUUGACUUUAUGCAAGGAGAAACCUUGGGUGUUGAUGAACUAGGGAAGCUUCCAUUUGGAGCCACUUUUGAUCCAAUCAAGGAAUUUCAUUUAUUUGUGAGUUGGAUAGACUUAUGUGAAAAUAUUGUAGUUGACAGUGAACACUUCAGUGAUCUGGAACCACUGUCUGCUUUAGAAUGGUCACUGAAAGUGGAAAUGGUCUCAUCCCCUGCCUGUUUACUGGGCGAAUAUCUUUCCAAUUUUAUACAAUUGUGCAAUAGUCCAAAAAGUCUAGUCGAACUACUUGGUGAAGGUGCUGCCUAUAUUGACAAUGAAAAUCAAUCCCUGAGUUCUGCGUUCAACAUACUCACGGAAUCCAGAAUACCUUCCAUUUCAACGGUCGUCAGUCGGACUACGUCCAAAUCGCGAAAAAACAACGUCGACGGUCCGAUAACGGAAGACGUUUUGUUGCCUAUACUUUAUUUUCUGUUUCCCGACGCCGAAGAGAAACCAAGAGCCCCGUACUCCGAAAACAGCGGCUACAGCGUGGACGACGAUCAGUGGCGAGGAAUAAAGACCUGUGCGAUCGACGGGCUGGUGUGGCGUUUGGCAAUUGUCGCUGCUCACUGCGCCUACAAUUUAGGCGGUCUCACAGCUCUCGCACAACUUUGGCACGAAUUUGUGCAGGAAGUGAGGUUUCGCUGGGAGAAAUGCAUUCCGCUACCAGGAGUCGGCCCCGGUUUCCCGGACUGCGUUCGCACCUGUCUACUGCACCAGAAGCUCCAGAUGAUAAACUGCUGCAUCGCACGGAAGAAGGCGAGGGAGGCGAACGAGAAGCGCGCGCUCGGCAUGGACCUCGGAGAAAGUAGUGGGGAUUCGGAGGACGACGAGUUCUUCGAGUGUCUGAACGAGGAUGCGAACGAGCGGCAACAUCCGCCCUGGAACCGACCCGUGGGCAGACUGGCGAAACAUCCCUCGCUGAGGCUCGUCGGAACGGGUGAACCGUUGUACCUUCCGGUGACGCAGGAUCCGGUGCCCAAGACCGAAGACCAGCUCGAGGAAGACGCCCAGGUGAUGAUGCAGCUGGGAACCGACAAGGCUGGCUCCGAGAUGAGAGCCAGGCUUAUGAGCGCCUCGCUGCUCUCCGAUAUGGAGUCUUUCAAGGCAGCGAACCCCUCAGGUCAGCUCGAAGACUUCAUCCGCUGGUACUCCCCGCGCGACUGGAUCGAGGAGGACGGCCAGGACGAGUGGGGCCAGCCAGCGGGUCACCUCUCGCCUCGUAUGCUCAUAGCCAACAACCCGUGGUCCAGCACCUGGGACUCGGCCAGACCAGUGCCGGCGCAUCGUCAGAAACGGCUGUUCGACGACACCCGCGAGGCGGAAAAGGCUCUGCACUAUCUCGCCUCCAAGCGACUCGGGCAAGUGGGUCAACUCCUGCUGCCGGUGCUGGCGCACUCGGCCCUCGUCACGCUGCACGAGCAGAAGGUCGACGCGCUGCCGAGCCUGCCCGACGUCGUCCAGGCGAUACACAAUAGGCUGCAGUUCGCCAGCAAGCCUAUUAAUCAGAAGCUUCAGAUCUACGAGGAAAUCACUCGCGAUAUCGAAAACGUCGAGGCCUUGAUAGCGCAGGUGAACUCUCUCCAGCUGAAAUUGGCUGGCGGCGAAGGCGAUUCCGGCGACAAGGAAUUGACGGCUUUCCUCGUUCAGCUGAUGCGCGGAAAGGAGGUCUCCGUACCGAAAGGGCCCAGAGGCACUAUCGGCGCUCGCAUCUCGAAAAUGUUCUCCGAUGCACAAAAGGCCGCCUACAUGAUGACUACCAGUCACACUGAGGCCGAGGUGAUAGCCGAGGGCAAGUUCAAGCCCUUCCCCAUGCCGACGUCCAAGGAAUUCGUUCUGCGCGCAAUGGCUCCGAGACCGACGCCUUGUUCCGCAAUGCAACCGCAACGGCUCUAUGUCAGCAUCGAUAGAGACUGCAUUCGCAUGGCUGGAGCUUUCUCCGAAGAUACGAUAUUUUUUUAACGGGGGUGGUUGUUGAAUCAUUGAGAGAGUCUGAUGCAUAUGUUGAACGUACAAUGAGACAUCGCGCUCGUUCAUCGGUAUACGAUGUAGAAUACCUAAAACUUUGUUGAUACACAAAUCUCGAUGGUUGUAAUGGGCGCCGAACAGCGUCGGUUCCAUAGUUUUAGCCGUGCAAGAUGUCGUAACGAACAGCGAUCAAUUUCAAUCGUGUUUAUAUUAUAAAAAUUUACAAAUUUACAUCGGUGCUGAGAGGAUUAACUUUUUUUAGGUGUAAAAUAGUAACAUUUAGCAAUAUUAGCGAUAUUUUUAAGAUAUUAUGUUGGAAGCUAAGGAUUGACAAUGCCAUUAACUUUAUCUACACUGUUUUAACGUGAUUCGGGGAAGCAAAUAGACUGUGCUGGGAGCCGAUCGGUCUUGCAGUUAUAGUCCUCGAAGCAACAAGUACGUUCUUCGACAUCCGUCAUCCUUACCUGUUUUUAUAACGCACCCAAUACAAUACGAAAUCUUAAAAAAUUAUUUAUAUUGGUUUGCACUGUUAAAUACAUCAAAUAUAACUAUAGUUAAUAAAUAUUGUAACGUUAACGUA